ACCCAUAUUGGAUUCGUCAGAAGGGGGAACGAGGCCUGCAUAAGGCCGAUGUGAAGUUAGGCAGGGUCCCUUCCCCCCUGUAGAUGAGAACGUGUAGUUUCGGUCCCUCUCAGUCCCCCCCCCUGCUGGGGGUAGAACAAUGGCCCAGGACUUUCGGCGGGAAAAAAGGGGGCGGGCUGGAGGGCCGGGCCAGGGGGCUGUAAACCAGGAAGGGGUUCUUAAGGAGAGGCAAAGUGACAGCAAGACAGAUAACUUUGUUUUUUCUUUCUAGAACACUUACCUGAAGCUGCACUGAAGCGUCGCUGGAAGAUGGAAGUGAAGAGGGGAAGAAUCGGUGCGCCAAGAAGGAGGGUCCUGCGUCCUCAGAGGUUCCGCGAAGAAGGUGAGGCAGCUUCGGUCAUCAGCUCCGGAGCCAAGAGGAAGGUAACGUUCUCUCCCCAGGGAAGAAGCCCCUGCAGGAUACGCAGAAGGGAGGACGGCAUCAUCGCUGGAGGGGAAGGUAGGAGCAGCCGGCAAGAAGACGUCGAAGGCAGGUCGGAAGAAGACGGCAGAGGCGCAGACCAGGAAGUGCGUGAGUCAUCGCGAGACUUCAGUGACGUCACUGCGGCUGGAGGUAAGGAAGCCAAGUCGGAUCACACUGCCGAGAGUCCGGUAAGAGGCAGCAGGCUUGGGGGCAGCACGCUUGGGGGCACAAAUCCUGGGACACACCAGGAGCGCCACAGGGACCCCACCCCCACCAACCAAACCCCUAGGGGCAGCAGAGCCCCUAGGCAAACAGGCCCAGCAGCGGGAAGGGGGGAAGAGGGGGGGUAGGCCCUCAGGGGGGAAACCACACGGGGGGGGGCAGACUCGCCCCAGAGCAGGCCCUUCCGCUUCACCAGCCCACAUUGAGUUCCCCAGUGGGGGAGGGAACAGGGACAGAGACCCCUACGGCUCAGACGAAGGAGAAUGGGGGAUGGAGGCAGAGUCCACCCCAACUAGGCCCUCGUACAGGUCCACAGGCCCAUUUCCCCAGGGGGGAAGGGGGGAGAGUUCCAGGCACAGGGGAACAGGGGGACACAGGCUUCCCCAACCACCAAGCCAGAGGUCCCAGCCCCAUUUGUACAGGGGUGACGAUUUCGAUAACUGGGAAGAGGAGGAGGAUUCUUGCUAUGUCGUCGACGAAUAUGAUUAUGAGGAUGAUGUGGAAUUUUUUCCUGCAAGCAGGCAGUGGCAUAACCAAAGGAGACCUGUGAGGGAUCUGCAUUGGGAAGACACAGGUCAUAGUACUAAUCGUGUGCCGAGUUUCUAUUUUAGGAAUAGAGAAGAAGAAGAGAGUUGGUUGCAAUGGAGAAGGGAGAGAGAACAGAGGCAAGAAAGGGAAGCAGAACCUUCAAGAUGGCAAAGAAGAAAAGAGAGGCCAUCAUCCAGUGCAGCUGGGCAGUCAGAACGAAAUGGUGAUGCGGUUCCUGGUCCAAGUAUCUACACGAGAGGCUACUAUGGCUGGUUUGGGUGUGCAGCGGACUAACGUUGAAUGGGGAUUCAUUUCUAUGGACAAUCUUGAGCAACUAAGGGGUUAAUGUGAGAGGAUUACCAGUGGUGAUGUAAUUUCCUAGAUGCAAUUUCCUGUGCUGCUCUGUAUAAACCUAUGUGGACUAAUGUUUGUUAUUCUACUUGUGCCCUUGGCUUGAGAAAGGGGUCUGUAUACCCCGAAACUUCGCCCUUUGGGCUGCGGUAUGAUUUUAUAUAAUAUACUAUAAUCUUUGCAUUUACAAAUUUGAGUACUGUGUCAGUUUUUAUAUUUUUUGUCUAUAAUAUUGGCCACUUCGGCAGUGCCUUUAUUUCUGACUACUUGCACCAAACUAAGAGGCUUGUGCGGCAAUGCUGACCUUUCUACAGUAUAUUUCUGGGACAUGUUUUGAAACUUACAUAGAGAAAGAGCUUAAUUUAACUAUGCAUCAUUCCAGUAAUUUUAGGCAGAUGUGACAGGACAGGUGGAGCUCACUCUAGGUAAGAGAGAUAGGCUAUUGAAUUAUACAGACCAGCCAACAAGAGAUUAGUGGGGUUAGAGAACCCAAUGUAAACCACUGUUCAAAGCCCAGGAUUUGUUGGUGUUUGUCACAGCAAACGCUGUCUGGGAAAAUAAAUCUUCAGAUAGACUGAAAGACUGACUGCAUUGAUGGUUAUUCAAGGUGGACUUCCCCUUGUGGGAAAGAGGCCCUUAGUGGGGCCGAAUGAAGUUAGGCUGGGCCCCCUCCCCCUGGUUUGUACGGGUUGAGAGGCACUCACUCACUCCUACCCCUCCCACCCCCCUUUUGGCUAGAACAAUGGGCUAGUAAGUUGCGGCGGGAAAAAGGGGGGCGGGAGGAGGGAGCUGAGGGGAGUGCCGUGGGGGUGGUUUAGGGGUUAAAAGGAGAAGCAGAGCAGGAGAGCGGGCAUUAACUUUUGUUUUAGGGAAGAGGAAGAUUCUCAGGCCCCACAGGUUCAGGGAAGAUCCAGGAGCAGCAGGGGAGCCUUCGCUAGGAGAAGAGAGCAGGGUAAGAUUUUCCAUUCCGCAGCUGAAGAAGAGACGACUGAUCGCCAGCGGGGAAGAUGCGGAAGUGAUUGGUUUGUCCGGGGCGUCGCGAGAUUGGGAGCGGGAUUUCGACGGUGGAAGCGAUGGUGAGGAAGAUUCGGCUAGCAUUCGGCGGCAAGUCAGCGAAGAGGCAGGAGUUCCCGGUGAGAGUUCGUGCGAAGGUUCGAAAUAGAGAAGAGGAGGAGAGCUGGCGGCAAUGGAGGAAGGAAAAAGAAAUGAGGAUGGAAGAAGCAGGACCUUCUCGGAGACAUGGAAGUGGAGCGGGGCAAACGGCACAGAAGGAGGUGGCGGUUUCGCAGGAAGUAAGAGCGGCAGGAGGGGUCAGAGAUGCAUCUGUUGCAGGGGGUACAACUCCUUGCAGAAUCGUGAUCAUAGGCCAUUCAUUUGUUUAUUGGGCAAGCAGACAUGCAGCAGGGCAAGAAUGGGGGUUACCGGAGGAAAACAUGAAGACUGCAUGGCUGGGCUGGAGAGGUAUGAGGUGGGAACAAUUGAAAGGUAGGUUGGUCUCUACCCUCCGGCAAUGUGAAUUUGUUGAUCUGCUAGUGAUACAUGCAGGAGGAAAUGACUUGACAGUGGGAAAGACUCCAUCACUAAUAGAGGCCAUGAGACAAGAUAUGGAGGAGGUGAUAGGAAACCCGAAGGUGGGGAAGAUAGCAUGGUCGGACAUUAUACAAAGGGGAGAAUGGAGAGGAGCAAUUUACCCUAAAGGUGUGGAGAAAGCAAGGAAGAAAGUAAACAGAGCCAUGCACAAAAUCAUGUAUUCCUCCGGUAAUGGGAUAAUAAGGCAUGAAAAUAUAAAAUACAAGCAAAGAGGUCUUUAUAGAUACGAUAGAGUGCAUUUAUCACGAGAGGGUUUGGAUUUGUUUUUGAAAAACAUUGGUGAUUUUGUGGAGGAAUGGUGGAGGUCGCGGGCCAGAUAGGUGGGCCAUGGAAAAAGGAUAGUAGGCACCCUUCCCUAUUUUUCCAGUGGGUGGCGUCAGCACGGCUCCGGAAAUGGUGAGAUUUACAGUGCAGGCCUACCCUUGGAGAGUCACUAGCGUGGAUCAGACUGAGACUGCACGGUCUUGUCUGAGUUCAGCUGAGAGGCUGGGUUAGCGCCACUAUUGCACAUGAUAGGGAGCAAGAGGAUGGGUAACCGUAGGUCACAGAGUGCGUUUUGCCCCUGAAUCUCUGCUCCCUGUAAGUCGGUAAAGGUAUGGGCGGAGGCCCAGAGGAAAUGAUAGGAGCCGCAGCUGUGGGUCAGGGGUGCCUAGUCCUUUGUGAAUUUGUAAAUAAAGAACGUGACCUCCACAGAUUUUGCCACUA